AUGGACUUUAGUUACUUCUUGGGUUUUAUCGUCCUUGGUUUUGUUCCGAGUCGGGCCCGAUCUCCGUACGAAGGAUUCCUGCUAGGAGAGGUGAGACAAGAAGAGACAUUUAGCAUCAGUGAUUCACAGAUCAGCAACACUGAGUUUCUACAAGUGAUUGAAAUCCAUAACCAUGAGCCUUGUUCCAAACUCUUUAGCUUUUAUGACUAUGCAGGCAAGGUUAAUGAGGAGAGUUUGGACAGGAUUCUUAAAGACCGAAGAAAAAACGUUAUUGGAUGGUACAGAUUUAGGAGAAACACUCAACAGCAAAUGUCUUAUAGAGAGCACAUCAUCCACAAGCAGCUGACACACAUUCUUGGAGUGCCUGAUCUUGUCUUCCUCCUCUUCAGCUUCAUUUCCACUGCAAAUAACUCAACCCAUGCUUUAGAAUAUGUGCUUUUUAGACCAAACCGAAGGUAUAAUCAAAGGGUGUCGCUUACUAUUCCUAAUCUAGGUAACACUAGCCAACAGGAAUACAAAGUUUCUUCAGUGCCAAACACUUCUCAGAAUUAUGCCAAAGUUAUUAAGGAACAUGGUACUGAUUUUUUUGACAAAGAUGGAGUGAUGAAGGACAUCAGGGCUAUAUAUCAGAUUUAUAAUGCACUUCAGGAAAAAGUACAGGCAGUGUGUAUAGAUGUAGAAAAAAGUGAACGUGUCGUUGAAUCUUUUCAAGCUGAUGUAAACAAGUUGAAAAGGCAAAUCGCACAAAAGAAAAAUGAAAAAGAACAAGAAUUAAGAAUGCAGCAAGCAAUUUUAAGCAGGCAAAUGCCAACAGAUAACUUGGAACCUAUGUUUGUUCCACGAAUGUCCUACACUGGAUUUGCUGUGGAAGGCUGCACGCUUGAAGAUUCAGAUGUCUCUGAUCCUCCCCCUCCAUAUUCUGAUUUCAAUGCAUCCAAUCAAGAAAGUACUGUCAGUCAUGGUCUCCUCGACAGCAGUGUUUUUAUGCCUCGGCCUCAAGCAGUAGGUUCUUCCAGUUAUGUUUCCACAAAUGCAGGAUUGAAAUAUUCUGGUAAUGGAGCAUCCAUGCCAUCUUCCCAAAGAGCAGUUGGUGACAAUAUUGAUGAAUCAGAAGACAGUGAUUAUGAAAAUUUGCUUGAACCUACAGAGUCAUCUGACAGUGAAUACUCACAGACAAGGGAUUCACGACCUGCAGCACAUCCCGAUGGAGAUUCCAGGAACACUCAAACUUCUCAGAUUUGAUAGGGGGAGGGAAAAGAAAUCCACAUGACACUGUUUUUUCAUUUGUUCCAGAGAGAUUUUGGGGAUUUGACCUGGAAGAAAUGAACUACACAGGAUUUCUGUGCACACAAAAUGUAGAAGACUUGCACUAGAGGGUUUAUUCACCUUGUGAUACAUUUUGCAAGUUUUAUAAUGGAAUCAUUAGGAUAAUCAAAUUGUACCAAUACUGGUGAGCUUCAUGGAUGUACUGGUAAAUUUAGGCAAAAUGAAAUUUAUAGAGAACUUGUAGCUUUUGUUGCCGUAUUCUCUUUAAGACAAUAAAUUGGGAUGUAGUAACUAAGCACAGCUAGUCUACAAAUGAUGUUCUCAAAUCAAAACUUACCUCUUGCACUAUCAUGCCUUGAAUUUUAAUUUUGGAAAGGGAAGAAUUGUAUCAUCAGCCGCCUUCAAAAUAGCUUUUUGUGGUAAGCCAAGUUGGCCUUUGCAAGCAGAGGAAUGUUGGUAACUCUGAGAAGCCUGACU